AUUUCCCAUGAUGCAUCGGCUCACGUUUGAACGACAGCAGUGUGUUGGUCUCCAAGAUGGCGGCGUGGGGAAGGAGGCGCGGUGUCCCAGGCAGCAGGGAGAGAGUCGUGUCGUCCACAGACUGUUACAUCGUGCAUGAGAUCUACAAUGGGGAAAACGCUCAGGAGCAGUUUGAGUAUGAGCUAGAGCAAGCCCUGGAGGCGCAGUACAAGUACAUCGUGAUUGAGCCCACCCGCAUUGGGGACGAGACGGCCCGCUGGGUCGCAGUGGGGAACUGCCUGCACAAAACAGCCGUGCUAUCGGGCAGCGCCUGCCUGCUCACCCCGCUGUCACUGCCCCAGGAGUACUCGCGCUAUAUCGCUCUGCCCGCCGGAGCUCUCAGUGUGGCCUGCGCAGCCCUCUAUGGCAUCUCCUGGCAGUUUGACCCCUGCUGCAAGUACCAAGUUGAGUACGACACCUAUAAACUGUCCCGCUUGCCACUGCACACGCUCACUACUUCUACACCUGUGGUGCUGGUGAGAAAGGACGACAUUCACAGAAAGAGACUCCACAACACGAUAGCGCUAGCUGCCCUGGCGUAUUGUGUAAAGAAGAUUUAUGAACUUUACGUUGUUUGAUUUCGAGAACAAACUGACAUAGAAUGUUAAGCUUCUAGUAUUGUUUUGGCACACUUUCUUUUUAUCUGAGGUAAUAUCACCAGUGCACUGAUUAUAUAUCACUCUACAUAUUUCUUUUUCCAGUUCUCCGUACACUAAACUGUGGGUUUGGAUUGAAUUCAAUAUUUGAGAAUUAAAAGACCUUUUAAAUGGACAAACUGUUUUUUUCAUAGCAUUUUAAGUAUUAACAAAGGCCUAAUGCAUCUAUAUUCCUAGUAGUUUUAUUGUACCCUUAAUUGCUGGUCUGAAAGACAUCACUUCAUUAAACGUUAGGACAUUAGAAAAUGUUCUUUCUUUUUUCA